CCGUACUCUCAGAAAGUUUGGGGAAUUCAUAUUCCCGUUUGCUGUCCUGCAUCAUUCCAUUGUUGCGAAACCAGGGCCGGAAUGAAGGCCGUGGCCACGAAAGAGGCUGAAGAACUUGAGCUGCUAGUUACGACGGUUAUGGGCACAAUUUUGGGACCCGAGCACCCUGAUAGAUUGGCCAACGUGGCGGCACUUGCAUCUAUCUACAACGGCCAGGGGCGGAAAAAUAAAGCUGAAGAACUGGAGGCGCAUGUCAUGGUGAUGCGAAGGAAGACGCUGGGACCUAACCACCCCGAUGUGCUAACCAGCAUGGCCAAUCUGGAGUCAGCAUUAUGGGCUCAAGGAAGAUGGAAGGAAGGUGAAAAGCUAGACGUUCAAGUGAUAAGGUGGAAGCAAGGAAGAUUAUUUUGGGAUCGGAGCAUCCUGACGACCCUAAUCAGCAUGUGGAAUCUGGCACAUACAUGGGAAGCCCAAGAUCGGAAGGUCGACAAUAAACGAUGGUUUUUUGGUCUCAUCGGCGGUCAUUCUUUGACAACAUCCGAGUGAAACCUCAAAGAACAGAAAAACCGCCGAGUCAGUUGAAAAGAUCUCGACGCAACAAUUUUUUUCUCACCGGCUUAACUAUCGCUAUCGACACUACUGUGUAGUCUAG